AUGGCAGUCAAGAAGAAGGUGAGAUCAUGGCAGGACUGCUUUUCGGGCUGCUUCAGGCCCGAAAGCCCGAGCCCGAGCCCGAACCAAUCGACGAAGAAUGCGGCGGGCUGGAAACGCUCUUCCUUCCGGAGGAUUUCGUUGUCGGAUUUCAGCAGCUCGAACAUAUCGGAAGAUUUAUCGGUGUCCUUAGCGGGCUCGAACUUGCACGUGUUUACGCUUCACGAGCUGAAGGUGAUCACCCAGAAUUUCUCAUCCAGCAAUUUUCUAGGCGAGGGGGGUUUCGGGCCGGUCCACAAGGGCUUCAUUGGCGAAAGGAUGAGGCCGGGCCUGAAGGCCCAGCCCGUUGCCGUCAAGCUCUUGGACUUGGAUGGGUCACAGGGCCACAAGGAAUGGCUGACCGAGGUUGUUUUUCUUGGUCAAUUAAGACAUCCUCAUUUGGUGAAGCUGAUUGGAUACUGUUGUGAGGAAGAACAUAGGCUUUUGGUGUAUGAAUACAUGCCCAGAGGCAGCCUUGAAAAUCAGCUCUUUCGAAGAUUUUCAGUUUCGAUUCCAUGGUCGACAAGAAUGAAGAUUGCUCUAGGAGCUGCAAAGGGGCUUGCUUUUCUCCACGAAGCCGAGAAACCGGUUAUUUACCGCGAUUUUAAAGCUUCUAACAUUUUGCUAGACUCGGACUACACACCCAAGCUCUCGGAUUUCGGCCUCGCGAAAGACGGCCCGGAAGGAGACGACACGCACGUCUCGACACGAGUUAUGGGCACACGAGGUUAUGCUGCUCCCGAGUACCUCAUGACGGGUCAUUUGACGGCUGCAAGCGACGUGUACAGCUUCGGAGUCGUACUCUUGGAGCUCCUAACGGGCCGAAAAUCGGUGGACAAAACUCGACCUUCGAGAGAGCAGAAUCUCGCGCCGUGGGCCCGGCCCAUGUUGAAGAACCCCCGGAAGCUCGCCAGGCUGAUGGACCCGAAGCUGGAAGGGCAGUACCCGGAAAUAGGGGCCCAAAGGGCGGCUGCAAUAGCCUACCAAUGCUUGAGCCACCGGGCCAAGAUGAGGCCGACAAUGAGUGAGGUUAUUAAGGUUUUGGAGCCGUUGGAAAAUCUCGACGACUCUCUGAACGACACGUUCGUGUUUGCUGUCUCGACAGACAGCGACUCGCAGAGCGACAUCUGGAGGGAAGUUAGACGGCGAAAGGAGUUCGUAAAGUGUCGUCGUAAGUUCCGUGAGGCGCAUAAAAACCGGAGCAGGGCCUUCACGUCGCCGGUGUUUUUCCUGGAAAGUGAUUUGGAGGAGGACUCUGGAAAAGAUUAA